AUGAAACGUCUUGAGCAUGAUCCCAAGACGAUUGAGAAAAUCCAUUAUCCCAUCAUUGGAUUCGGAGGCGGUGUAAUCCAUCCUCAGGGCAUUAUUACUUUACCGCUUCGAGUAGGAGGGAGACAUCAAAGCAAAAAUUUGAAUGUUCAGUUUUUGAUUGUGAAGUACUUAACGACAUAUAAUAUCAUUUUGGGACGACGCACGCUUAAUCAAGCAAAAGCAGUGAUCGUCAGUCAUCUCAUGCUAAUGAAAUAUGUUUGUGAUAAGGGAACAGUUGGCACCAUUCAUGGCGAUCAGCAGCAGGCUCGGGAUUUCUAUCUAACUACUCUAAAUCCCGAGGCUUGGGGAUCGGGUAAGAUCAAUGAAGAGGAAAUACCAAGCAUUGACCCAAAUGUGGCCGUCCAUAAGCUCAAUGUAGAUGGCGCUUUGAAACCCGUUCGUCAAAAGAAACGAAACCAUGGAGAAGCAAGAAACAAGGCUGCGGCCGAGGAAGUUCAAAAGUUGUUAGAUGCUAGCUUCAUUUUCCUUAGUCAAUAUCCGAAUGGGUAG